AUGAAUGUCGCGCUGCAUGAGCUGGGUGGCGGAGGCAGUAUGGUGGAGUACAAACGAGCCAAGCUUCGGGAUGAAGAAGCACCGGAGACUCCAGUAGAAGGCAGGGCCACCCAGGACUCACUGGAGGUGGGCAAGGGGGUUCCCCCUUUCUCCUCAGGCCUCACCCUUGGCCUGAUGCCUGCCAUAACUAUGUGCUCUGGCCUCUUCUGGUGGGUCAUCUCCCCAGGUUUCCACUCCAUCUCUGGCCUCUGCUCCAGGACUAGGGUGGGGUUCCAGAAGAGGACACGACGACUCUUUGGUUCACACACACAGCUGGAGCUGGUCUUGGCAGGCCUCUCUCUAGUCCUGGCUGCCCUUCUUUUGGGCUGCCUCGUGGCUCUGUGGGUCCAGUACCACAGAGACCCAACCCAUAACAUCUGCCUCACAGAAGCCUGCAUUCGAGUGGCUGGAAAAAUCCUGGAAUCCCUGGACCGUGCGGUCAGCCCCUGUCAGGACUUUUAUCAGUUCUCCUGUGGAGGCUGGAUUAGAAGAAACCCUCUGCCCAAUGGGCGUUCCCGCUGGAACACCUUCAACAGCCUCUGGGACCAGAACCAGGCUAUACUGAAGCAUCUGCUUGAGAAUACCACUUUCAAUUCCAGCAGUGAAGCUGAGCGAAAGACACAGCGCUUCUACCUGUCCUGCCUACAGCUGGAGCGUAUUGAGAAGCUAGGAGCCCAGCCACUUCGAGACCUCAUUGACAAGAUCGGUGGCUGGAACAUCACAGGGCCUUGGGAUGAGGACAACUUCAUGGAAGUACUAAAGGCAGUAGCAGGGACCUAUAGAGCCACCCCCUUCUUCACCGUCUACGUCAGUGCUGAUUCUAAGAAUUCCAACAGCAAUGUCAUCCAGGUGGACCAGUCUGGGCUUUUCCUGCCCUCUCGAGAUUACUACCUAAAUAGAACUGCCAAUGAGAAAGUGCUUACAGCCUACCUGGACUACAUGGAGGAGCUGGGAGUGCUGCUGGGUGGACAGCCUGCCUCUACCCGGGAGCAGAUGCAGCAAGUUCUGGAGCUGGAGAUACAACUGGCUAACAUCACUGUGCCCCAGGACCAGCGGCGCGAUGAAGAGAAGAUCUAUCACAAGAUGAGCAUCUCGGAGCUGCAGGCUCUAGCACCCUCCAUGGACUGGCUCGAGUUCCUGUCUUUCUUGUUGUCUCCACUCGAGCUGGGGGAUUCUGAGCCUGUGGUGGUGUACGGGACUGAGUAUUUACAGCAGGUGUCGGAACUCAUCAACCGCACAGAACCAAGCAUCCUGAACAACUAUCUGAUUUGGAACCUGGUGCAGAAGACGACCUCAAGCCUUGACCAGCGCUUUGAGUCUGCGCAGGAGAAGCUGCUGGAGACCCUCUAUGGCACCAAGAAGUCCUGUACACCGAGGUGGCAGACCUGCAUCUCCAAUACAGAUGAUGCCCUUGGCUUCGCUCUGGGCUCGCUCUUUGUGAAGGCCACUUUUGACCGACAAAGCAAGGAAAUUGCUGAGGGGAUGAUCAACGAAAUCCGGUCUGCAUUUGAGGAGACCCUGGGAGAGCUGGUUUGGAUGGAUGAGAAGACCCGGCUGGCAGCCAAGGAGAAAGCAGAUGCCAUCUAUGAUAUGAUUGGUUUCCCUGACUUCAUCUUGGAGCCCAAGAGCUGGAUGAUUGUUUAUGAUGGGUAUGAAGUCUCUGAAGACUCUUUUUUCCAAAACAUGUUGAAUCUGUACAACUUCUCUGCUAAGGUGAUGGCUGACCAGCUCCGCAAACCUCCCAGCCGAGACCAGUGGAGCAUGACGCCCCAGACUGUCAAUGCUUACUAUCUUCCAACCAAGAAUGAAAUCGUCUUCCCCGCUGGCAUCCUGCAGGCCCCCUUCUAUGCUCACAACCACCCAAAGGCCUUGAACUUUGGUGGCAUCGGCGUGGUGAUGGGCCAUGAGUUGACACAUGCCUUUGAUGACCAAGGCCGUGAGUACGACAAAGAAGGGAAUCUGCGUCCGUGGUGGCAGAAUGAGUCACUGACGGCUUUCCAGAAUCAUACAGCCUGCAUGGAAGAGCAGUACAACCAGUACAAGGUCAAUGGAGAGCGGCUCAACGGACUCCAGACACUGGGGGAAAACAUCGCCGAUAACGGGGGCCUGAAGGCUGCUUACAAUGCUUACGAAGCAUGGUUGCGGACGCAUGGGGAAGAGCAGCAGCUGCCAGCUGUCGGGCUCACCAAUCACCAGCUGUUCUUUGUGGGAUUUGCCCAGGUGUGGUGCUCGGUCCGCACACCAGAGAGCUCUCACGAGGGGCUGGUGACCGACCCCCACAGCCCUGCCCGUUUCCGAGUGCUGGGCACUCUCUCCAACUCCCGUGACUUCCUUCGGCACUUCGGCUGCCCUGUCGGCUCCCCCAUGAACCCAGGGCAGCUGUGUGAGGUGUGGUAG